GCUUUUAUGUGAGCGCCGCACGCUGAAUCGCGCGCGCCCGCUGCCAUUUAGUCUUUUCCUGGUCUCGCGACGAGCGCGCGGAACGUGAAGCGCUUCACUAGUCUCACUACCGAGUCAGACUCCAGAAUACUCCAACCAUGGCUGAGAACGAUCCACAGGUUCAAUUUAAGCUGGUCCUCGUAGGAGACGGAGGCACGGGCAAGACCACCUUCGUGAAGAGACACUUGACGGGAGAGUUUGAGAAGAAAUAUGUGGCUACUUUGGGUGUUGAGGUCCAUCCCCUGGUCUUCCAUACCAACAGAGGAGCCAUCAAAUACAACGUGUGGGACACGGCCGGGCAGGAGAAGUUCGGCGGUCUGAGGGAUGGGUACUACAUUCAAGCUCAGUGUGCCAUCAUCAUGUUCGACGUGACCUCCCGAGUGACCUACAAGAACGUCCCCAACUGGCACCGCGACCUGGUCCGCGUGUGCGAGAACAUUCCCAUAGUGCUGUGCGGCAACAAGGUGGACAUCAAGGACAGAAAGGUCAAAGCCAAGAGCAUCGUGUUCCACCGUAAGAAGAACCUACAGUACUACGACAUCUCCGCCAAGAGUAACUACAACUUCGAGAAGCCGUUCCUGUGGCUGGCGCGGAAGCUGAUCGGCGAUCCGAACCUGGAGUUCGUGGAGAUGCCCGCCCUCGCCCCGCCCGAAAUCGCCAUGGACCCGUCACUCGCCGCACAGUACGAGCAUGACCUGAAAGUGGCGUCAGAAACAGCUCUCCCAGAUGAGGACGAUGACCUAUAACCUGUUACCCUCUCAUUUUGUUUUCGUUCUCCCCCCCCCCCCCCCCCCCCCUCCCAACCGUCUUGUGGCUGUCCUGUGGCAGCAGGAGUUCGGACCCCCCCCCCCCCCUUUACCCCAAAAUACCCCCCUUCCUUACUGUAAACCCCCCCCAGCGCAGAUUAUUUUUAUUUUUCGACUCGUUUUGUGUUUGACUGAAUUAAAAAAAAAAAAAAAAGUUUUGUUGUGCUUCUCGAUGUUCGACGUAGAAAAUGUUCAUCUUGAUGCAGAUUUAAUACGACACACACACACACACACACACUAGCGUUCACUCACAUAUUCCAGUGCUUAUUCUGUCUGGCUCUGAGCACUUAGAGAAAUUGUUUGAAUAAAAACAUUCAGUACA